GUUUCAAAAUGCUUUGAAGCUAAAAAAUUUGUUUGGUUGAACGCGUAAAUCUCAGGAACUACUUAAAUGAAUAUGAUUUAUUUAGUGUGUUGUUUAUACUAUAGGCUAUAUUUUAUCCCGGAAAAACUUUCAAACGGGCCGAGCUGCAGGCAAAAUAUGUAACAAAUAUUUAUUGGUUUCAGGGAUGCAUUUCUCCCAAUCAGUAGCCAUCAUCCAGAGUCAAGUGGGUACAAUACGAGGAGUACAAGUACUAUAUAGUGAUCAGAAUCCGCUGUCUGUAUACCUAGUUAUAAACAUGCCACAGGACGGCAUCCGGUUGAUAUUCGACCCGGUGGCGCAGCGGCUCAAGAUUAUAGAGAUUUACAAUAUGAAAUUAGUUAAACUUAGGUAUAGCGGCAUGUGCUUCAACAGUCCGGAGAUAACGCCAUCUAUCGAGCAGGUGGAGCACUGUUUCGGCGCGACGCACCCCGGCCUGUACGACUCGCAGCGGCAUCUGUUCGCGCUCAACUUCAGGGGGCUCUCGUUUUAUUUCCCUGUUGAUAGCAAAUUUGAGCCGGGGUAUGCGCACGGCCUCGGCUCGCUACAGUUCCCGAACGGCGGCUCGCCCGUCGUCUCGCGAACAACCAUUUACUAUGGAUCUCAACAUCAGCUGGGCAGCAGCUCCUCGGGCGUGGUGUGCGCGGCGCCGCUGCCGGAGCUGCCGCUGUCGUGCUACCGCCACCAGCUGCACCUGCGCCGCUGCGACGUGCUGCGCAGCGCCACCGCAACCGUCGGGCUGCGGCUCCACAUGUUCACUGAAGGCACGUCCCGGGCACUAGAGGCGGUGCCGCUAUCGCUAGCGCGAGCGGUGCGGUUCGGCGACAGCUGCCAGGCCGUGGCGCGUGCGCUGGGCGCGCCGGCCCGCCUCUACUACAAGGCGGAGGACAAGAUGCGCAUCCACCGGCCCACGGCGCGCCGCCGCCCGCCUCCCGCCUCCGAUUACCUCUUCAACUACUUCACGCUCGGACUGGACGUGUUAUUUGACGCGCGGACCAACCAAGUGAAGAAGUUCGUUCUGCACACAAACUACCCGGGACACUACAACUUCAACAUGUAUCACCGCUGCGAGUUCGAACUCGCCGUGCAGCCGGACAAAUGCGAGGCGAACUCGCUGGUGGAGCGCAGCGGGCCGGUGUCCAUCACGGCGUACUCCAAGUGGGAGGUGGUGCAGCGCGCGCUGCGCGUGUGCGAGCGGCCCGUCGUGCUCAACCGCGCCUCCUCCACCAACACCACCAACCCCUUCGGCUCCACCUUCUGCUACGGAUACCAGGACAUGAUCUUUGAGGUGAUGUCGAACAACUACAUAGCGUCGAUAACGCUGUACCAGCCCGAGGGCACCCGGCCCCACUACGCGGUCAACUCCAUCGCGUGACAAAGCCAGGGAUCACCGAGCAAAGGCAAAUACACGUCUUGAACGCUAAAGUCACCACACAAACCCUCCACUCGUGUGGGCCACACACAGACGCUUCGCGUAACUUAUCCACCACGCACCUAAGACGAAGCAGUAUUCAACCAUAUGUAUGUGAUAAUAAAAAAAUAAACUCUUUAAAAAAAAAGUGAGUGACAGAUCUCAGAUGGUGUGUUUAAAGUUAAUAUAACAGUGGACGAAAAUAGGAAAAAAAAUAUGUUAUAUAAGUUAUAUUUUUUUAAGUGAAUAAUAAUGUUAGUCAAUUGUGUUCUUUUUAAGUUUUAGCUUAUUUUUGUCGUGGGCGGGAGUACUGGUUCUCGUUUAUUUGUCAGGGAAGUAAUUGUCGUAAUGAUUGACUAAUAACAGUCAAGAAAUUAGAGGUAAGGGUGUUGAAAUUAUAGUUUUUUAUUCGUUUUGGUUAAUAUAAGUAAUUUUCAUGUUGAAAUGAAAUAUUUCGUUGCUAUCGGUUGAUAUAACAAUGUGUAAUUCGGUGGAAUCUAGCAAUAAAUAAAUAUAGAGAUAAUAAUAUUUUUAAAUAUUUUUUUGGUAAUUUCUCUGACAUUUAAACUCGGAACUCUAAGUACUCCCACUACGUAAUUUAUCAUGACCGGAAAAAAUUAAAACAAAA